AUGGUGUUCCAGAGGAGCGUUUCCCUGUUGUCCAAGCUACAGUCGUGCUCUGAUGGCUUUCACGGCAACUCUUUUUGCUGGCAUAACACAAGCGACACGCAUUCUUCGGCAGUGGAUGCUACAUGUGUUAAUGAUUGUGUGGUUUAUCGGAAAUUUGAGCUGGCAUUGGCUAUGACUUCAUGGAAAAUCAGAGCUGAGAAAUUACUGGAAGGCGGCAUAACUCCUUCGCUUGGUAUAACGUGUGUAGCUUUUUUUGUCUUCAAGCAAGGUGAUUGUAGACCGUUUAGGAAAUUAGUAGUUUCUGAAGCCACCGGCUGUGAUAAUGCAAAUUAUUUCGAGGAAGUAUAUGAGUACUAUGCAAACGGUGAUUCGUGGAAUCUUCCGGAAGGAGCUUAUGAAACAUUGUUAUGCCUAAAAGAUUCUGGAGUUAAAUUGGCCGUUGUGUCGAAUUUCGACUAUCGCUUGAGGAAGCUACUGAGGGAUCUUAACAUAUUACAUCUGGUAAAAGGCGAUGAAGCCCAUCGUAGUUAUAAAGUCAAGCCGAGUGUUGAAAAUCCUAGCGUUCAGUUUGGCGGAUCGACUGCGCCGCUACCUCCAGUGGAACCGUCUCCAAACUCGAUGGUUUUGGUGUCGACUCUGUCGACGGAGUUGAAGAAGUAA